CUCACUCUCAGUGAUUCCUACACGUUUGUUCUUUUCUGGCAUUGAGCUACUUAUUCCGGUUGCCAUAGCCGGUGCCACUCUGUCGAUCCUCUGUCUUAUCCUAACCUGCAUCCCAAACAUGCUGGAAAAGCAUAGGAGAGAGUUUAUCAACCGCCACAUUUUGCCAAGUGGGUUGCCAUCAUGCACUGCUCUUGAGGAAUUGGCUAUCGCUGAUUGUGAUAAUCUAAUCUCCAUUCCAGAUGAUUUGAGGAGGAGCUGGAGCCUUCCUCGCCUGAAGAAACUGACUAUUGGCGGUUUCUCAACAAAGCUCCAGGAAUUUCCAGAUCAGGGCUUCAUCGGAUCCUCUCUUGAAGAAUUGACUUUGAUUGCAUGGGGACAACCAAGAGAACAUCUGCCAGAUCAAAUUCAACACCUAACUGCCCUUGAGAGUCUCGACAUUAGUGAUUUUGAUGGACUGGACGCUUUGCCAAAUUGGUUUGAAAACUUAUCCUCUCUUCAAGUUCUGAAGAUUUCCAACUGCAAAUCUCUGAAACAUAUGGAAGCCAUCUGAUGUCUCUCCAAAUUAAAAUGGCUUUCUAUUUAUAAAUGCCCUGAGUUAUGCGCCAGUGGAAGUGGUUCCGAGUGGGACUGCAUCUCUCACAUUUCGGAUAUCCCAUAGACGACAGAUGGAUCCAACAAGAUGGAGAUCCCACUGAGACUCGUAUUUGGCUACAUCAGGAUGAUGAUAAUGAGCAAUUACAGUGCGGGCUACAGGGUUGAGACGCUUCAUUUGUUGCAGAAACUAGUAAAAGAGAAAGUAAAACAAGAUUCAAAAAUUGAUGGCAGGCAUCAUGGCUUGGUAGCCCAACCCAGACCAGACUUCAAUGCUGAUUGUGAGGUUAUAUUUUAUUUGCCAAAUUAAAACCUAUUAUGCAAUUGGUAUAGAGUAGCAUCAAAGUUUACCACUGAACUCACCAGUCUUAUUCUACUAGUGCAUCACUUCUUUCUUCUACCAACUUAACUAUGUGGAAGGAUGAAAAUAAUAUCAAAGCUAGGCAUAAAAGAGGAUACAAUUU